AAAUAGACUUAUAUUUUUCCCUGUCUGUGAUGUCUCAGCACAGGAUAGUCACUAAUGAAGGUCAAUCAGUCAUUCAGUGUUUUCAUGACGUUGUGUUCCUGUGACUUUAGACUGAUGAGUCAUAUUUUUGGCUGAUUGGGGUUAUUGGUUUAAAAAAUUCUUUCAGAGAGUCACACACAUGCCAAGAACUGCCUCAAAGAUGAAUGGAAAUGCUAGCAGGUAUAUUAGACCUCAUUGGUGAGAACCGUGAGUAUAAAGCAAGAGAGAGAACAAGGUCAUGCCUUUUCUAACAGGUCAGCAAUCCACUCCCAGCAUGCCUCUGGGGAGGAGGCGGGCAGAAUACACUGGUGCAACACCGGGAUGAGAAGCAGUUCCUCCCUAUGAGAGAGAGAGAGACAGAAUGAGAUAAAGACCGUGUAAGUUUAUACUUACGAGAGACACUGCUGAUGUCACUGCUGUAAUCGGUGUGUGUGUGUGUGUGUGCAUGCAUGAGUGUGUGUGUGUGCAUGCACUGAAGUUGUACAUCAGUUGAAGCGCAUGCUGCAUGAGGUGAAACGGUCCUGACUCAUUCUGGAUCUGGAAAGAAAAACACCAGGAUAUGCAGAAUUUGGACCUUUACAGCCGACUGGACUCUAAGAGGAAUGAUGAGGAGGCUGUGGUGGACAGAGGAGGCACUCGCUCCAUGCUUAAAGCUGGACUGGAGAAGGAGGAGCUAGAAGGUCACAGGACUCUGUAUAUCGGGGUUCAUGUUCCUCUGGGCAGAAGAACCCAUCGCCGCCAUCGGCAUCACGGACACCGGCACAGAAAGAGGAGCAGGGAGAGAGACUCAGGCGUCGAAGACGGACGGGAAUCACCUUCAUACAAUACUCCUUCUCAGAGGGUUCAGUUUCUGCUGGGCACUGAGGAUGGUGAUGAAGAGCACAUACCACACGACCUCUUCACUGAACUGGAUGAGAUCUGCCUCCGCGACGGAGAGGAUGCAGAGUGGAGAGAAACUGCCAGGUGGCUGAAGUUUGAAGAGGACGUGGAGGAUGGAGGUGAGCGCUGGAGUAAACCGUACGUUGCGACGCUCUCUCUGCACAGUCUCUUUGAGCUGCGGAGCUGCAUUAUAAACGGCAUCGUCAUGUUGGACAUGAAAGCCAGCUCUCUGGAGGAGAUUGCAGAUAUGGUGCUGGACCAACAGGAAGUGGCUGCGCAUCUUGAAGAUGAUGUCAGGAAGAAGGUCAAAGAGGCUCUUCUGAAGCAGCACCAUCAUCAGAAUCAGAAGAAACUGGCCAAUCGGAUUCCCAUCGUCCGCUCUUUCGCCGACAUCGGCAAGAGGCAGUCUGAGACAAACUGCACGGACAAAAACGGUGCAUCAUCUCAUCUCUUUAAGUGUCCUCUGUGGCAGUCAGUUGUUUGUGAUGGAAACGAUGGGCAGGUCUUAUCCUGUUCUCCAUGUUGGCCUCUGUGCUGCUCGUCCAGUGCGUCCAUCACCUCACCUCUCCCUCCUCCAUCCUCCACAUCCACCCACCCAAACCAGAACCCCACUGCCUUCUUCAGCCUGGACAGAGACGACGGCUUGGAUCCAGGUCAGAUGAUGCCACCCCAGUCUCAACCACUGACCACAGAGGGCAAGAAUGACGUGAGCCGUGAAAACAGUGCUGUGGACUUCAGCAAGAUAGACCUGCACUUCAUGAAGAAGAUUCCUCCGGGUGCAGAGGCCUCUAAUAUUUUGGUUGGAGAGCUGGAGUUUCUGGACAGGCCUGUCGUGGCGUUUGUCCGCCUCUCUCCUGCCGUACUGCUGAACGGCCUGGCGGAGGUGCCCAUCACUACCAGGUUCCUGUUCAUCCUGCUGGGGCCUCUGGGUAAAGGACCACAAUAUCACGAGAUUGGCAGAUCAAUUGCUACCUUGAUGACAGAUGAGGUUUUCCAUGAUGUGGCCUAUAAAGCUAAAGACCACAAUGAUCUGAUUGCUGGAAUCGAUGAAUUUCUUGACCAAGUUACAGUUCUGCCACCGGGAGAAUGGGACCCGUCCAUCAGGAUAGAGCCGCCCAAAAACGUCCCGUCCCAGGAGAAGAGAAAGAUCCCUGCCGUGCCUAAUGGAGAGCUGGCAGAGACGGAGGAACAUAGUGGACAUGGAGGCCCUGAGCUGCAGCGCACCGGGAGGCUUUUUGGUGGAUUGGUUCUGGAUGUGAAGAGGAAGGUUCCGCACUUCCUGUCGGAUUUCACAGAUGCGCUCAGCCUGCAGUGUUUGGCCUCUUUCCUGUUCCUGUACUGCGCCUGCAUGUCCCCUGUUAUCACCUUCGGAGGACUGCUGGGAGAAGCCACAGAGGGACGCAUAAGUGCAAUCGAAUCGCUGUUUGGAGCCUCCAUGACUGGAAUUGCUUACUCACUUUUUGCCGGCCAGCCUCUCACUAUUCUGGGCAGCACCGGACCCGUUCUGGUGUUUGAGAAAAUAUUAUACAAAUUCUGCAAGGAGUAUGGGCUGUCGUAUCUGUCCCUCAGGGCAUGUAUCGGGCUGUGGACGGCGUUCCUCUGUCUGCUGCUGGUGGCCACUGAUGCCAGCUCCCUCGUCUGUUACAUCACACGCUUCACGGAGGAGGCCUUCGCCUCUCUCAUCUGCAUCAUCUUCAUCUAUGAGGCCUUGGAGAAGCUCAUUCAUCUCGGGGAGACGUAUCCCAUCAGCAUGAACAACAAUCUGGAGAAACUCACCACUUACAGAUGUUCCUGUAUUGAGCCUGCAAACCCCAGCAAUGCCACUCUUCUAUACUGGGAGCAGAACAACAUCUCAGCUCCGGAGAUCUUCUGGGAGGCUCUGGAAGUUCCGGACUGCAUUGAGAAGAAAGGAGAAUUUGUGGGGUCCGCUUGUGGGCCUCAUGGCCCGUAUGUUCCUGACGUUCUCUUCUGGUCUGUAGUUCUCUUCUUCUCUACUGUGGCCAUGUCAGCGUUCCUCAAAGAAUUCAAGACCAGCCGCUACUUCCCCACCAAGGUCAGAGCCAUCAUCAGUGACUUUGCAGUGUUCAUCACUAUUUUUACGAUGGUUCUGGUGGAUUACGCUUUAGGAGUGCCUUCCCCCAAACUGAAGGUUCCUAAUGUGUUCAAGCCAACUCGUGAUGAUCGUGGGUGGUUCAUUAACCCGCUGGGUCCGAACCCGUGGUGGACGUGUGUGAUUACAGUCAUUCCCGCCCUCCUCUGCACCAUCCUCAUCUUUAUGGACCAGCAGAUCACCGCUGUGAUCAUCAACAGAAAGGAGCACAAGCUGAAGAAAGCCUGUGGCUAUCACCUGGACCUGUUCAUGGUGGGCGUGAUGCUGGGCGUGUGCUCUCUGAUGGGGCUGCCGUGGUUCGUGGCAGCGACGGUUCUGUCCAUCAGUCACGUCAACAGUCUGAAGCUGGAGUCCGAGUGUUCGGCGCCCGGAGAACAGCCCAAGUUCCUCGGGAUCAGAGAGCAGCGGGUCACCGGCCUCAUGAUCUUCCUCCUCAUGGGCUGCUCUGUAUUCAUGACCUCAGUGCUGAAGUUUAUUCCAAUGCCAGUGCUGUAUGGAGUUUUUCUUUACAUGGGCGCAUCUUCACUGAGAGGAAUACAGUUUUUUGAUCGUUUGAGAUUAUUCGGGAUGCCGGCUAAACACCAGCCAGACUUCAUUUACCUGAGACACGUUCCACUCCGGAAGGUUCAUCUGUUCACCAUCAUCCAGCUCAGCUGUCUGGUUCUCCUCUGGGUCAUCAAAACCUCCCGAGCCGCCAUCGUCUUUCCCAUGAUGGUGUUGGCACUGGUCUUCAUUAGAAAGCUGCUGGAUUUUAUCUUCACAAAGCGAGAUCUAAGCUGGCUCGAUGACCUCAUGCCUGAGAGCAAGAAAAAGAAACUGGAGGACGCUGAGCGAGAGGAGGAGCAAAGUAUUUUGGCAGAGGAAGAAGGAAUCGUACAAGUGCCAUUGGAGGGACAUUACAAAGAUGAUCCUUCUACUGUCAACAUUACUGAUGAAAUGUCCAAAGGCUCCUUUGGAAAUACUUGGAACUCCAAAACUGAUCUGAACUCAAAAAGCCCCCUUUCCUAAGCUUGCAGAUGCUGAUCCCCAAAGCCUGUCUAAUAAGAAAGUGCACAGGGAGCAUCGAUGGAAAGAAGAUUCACUGUGUUCACACACACACACACACACACACACACACACACACACACACACACACACACACACACACACACACACACACACACACACCCACACACACACAGAUUUACCUAGCUAUCGAAAAAUAGACAUUGUUUUUUUAAGGAAUAGUUCACAAAAAUAAAAUUAAUAUGUAUUUAUAUAAAAUAAAUAUAUAUUUAUAAAUACAUAAAAGUGUGUGUGUAUCUAUCUAUCUAUCUAUCUAUCUAUCUAUCU